UGCUAUCGAUUGCCAUUAUCUUCUAGUUUCAACAGCUGCAAAGGGCAAAAAAGAUAUAAUUCCACAAGAUGAAUGGAAAGCUGCUGCUGAAUGCCCUUCGAGCCCUUCGGGUGAGCCACUGUAGCCAGUGGCAAGUUCCGGCGGCCAGAAUCAGCGUCCCAGUGCGUCUGUACGCCUCUGCGCCCAAGCGGUUCUACAAAAAGACCUCCGUGCUAACCGGCGACGGGGGCUUCGAGGUGGUCCUGGACCACCGGAAACUGAAGACGCCCAAGGGCGCUCCAUUCGUCGUGCGAAGCGAACCACUGGCCAUUGCAGUGGCCACGGAGUUCGAUGCCCAGAAGGAGCACAUCGAGCGCUCCCGGAUGCACCUGUCCGCCCUCUGCUUCACAGCCAUCGACAAUCCCAAUAACCUGAACAAGUUGGACAUGGUCAAUUACCUGCUCAACUACAUCGCCACCGAUACGGUGCUGUACCAGUACGAUCAGGAGGAAAAGGACCUGCAGGAUCUUCAGGUCAACGAGUGGGACCCGGUUAUCGAGUGGUUCAACCAGCGCUUCGAGACAAAUCUGCAAAAGACCCUGAACAUCACGCCGCCUCAGGUCAGCGAGGAGGAUAAAAUGAAGAUCGCAAAGCACUUUCACUCCUACAGCCUGGAAACACUGCAUGGCUACACCUACGCGGUGGACACUUUAAAGUCAAUUGUCCUGGCCUGCGCCGUCAUGGAGCAGAUGCUAACCGUGGACAAGGCGGUGGCCCUGGCUCGCCUGGAGGAGGAGUACCAGCUCAAGUUCUGGGGUCGCGUGGAGUGGGCCCAUGAUCUCAGCCAACAGGACCUGCAAUCACGUCUAGCUGCUGCCGUGCUCUUCGUCCACCUCAACUGUUCCGAGACCUUGGUUAAGCAAAAGUCAAUUCUAUAAAUGCAAAAUCCUUGUUGAAAAUAUAUGUUGACUUUGUUGUUAAGG